UGGGCUGAAUCGGCCAUUUUGUGUGGUUUUCAAGGCCCGGCGUUACAUAAAGAUAAGAAUGGAAACUAAUGAUGUUAUAACAUUUCAUCAAUGUGUUGUAUGCAAUGGGAUCUUUCAACAACUUGAUGAUUUGGAACAACACAAUAAAAUACAUGUUAAAGAAGAGAAAACUGAAGGUGUAGAUGAAUAUUGUCAUGUUAAAGAAGAGAAAACUGAUGAUGUAGAUGGAUAUUGUCAUGUUAAAGAAGAAAAAACUGAAGAUAUUGAAACAUGCUAUCAGUGUAAUUUGUGUGAUGAAGAAUUUAAAUCGGAUAUUGAUUUAGAGAAACAUUGUGAAUUACAUGUUAAAGAAGAGAAAACUGAUGAUGGAGCUAAAUACUGCCGUGUUACAGAAGAGAAAACAGAUGAUGUAGAUGAAUAUUGUUACGUUAAAGAAGAGAAAACUGAAGAUGACAGUGUUGAAAACGGUUUAGAAGCAGAUGAGUUGGUUUCAUUUAACGAAAGCCAGUCAUUUAAGAAACACAUAAGAACUCAUAUAGGGGGAAAACCUUAUAAAUGUGAUGUUUGUAAUAAAUCAUUUCCACGGAGUAGUAAUCUAGUGACGCAUAUGAGAACUCAUACAAGGGGAAAACCUUACCAAUGUAAUGUUUGUGGUAAAUCGUUUAGUGUGAAUUGUAAUUUAAAGAGACACAUGAGAAUUCAUACGGGAGAAAAGCUUUUUAAAUCUUAUAAAUGUGAUGUUUGUAGUAAAUCAUUUUCACAGACUGGUCAUCUACAACAACACAUGAGAAUUCAUACUGGUGACAAGCCUUAUAAAUGUGAUGUUUGUGGUAAAUCAUUUACUAAUAUUGGUAAUCUAGAGAGGCAUAUGAGAAUUCAUACUGGGGGGAAACCUUUUAAAUGUAAUGUUUGUAGUAAAUCAUUUGCUCAUAAUGGUAAUUUACAGAGACACAGGAGAGUUCAUACAGGUGCAAAACCUUAUAAAUGUGAUGUUUGUAGUAAAUCAUUUGGCGAAAAUCAUCAUUUACAAGCACACAUUACCACCCAUAGUGGAGAAAAGCCUUUUUGGUGUGAUGUUUGUGGUAAAUCAUUUGCACAUGGUGGAAGCCUACAGUUACACAUGAGAAUUCAUACCGGUGAAAAACCUUAUAACUGUGAUGUUUGUGGUAGAUCAUUUGCUUAUAGUAGUAAUCUACAGAAACACAUUAGAACCCAUACUGGGAAAAAACCUUGUAAAUGUGAUGUUUGUGGUAAAUCAUUCGCUGAUAGAAGUAAUCUACAGAGACACAUGAAAACCCAUACUUAAGACAAACCUUAUAAAUCUUAUAAAUGUGAUGUUUGUAAUAAAUCAUUUGGUCAAACUCAUCAUUUACAGGUACACAUAAGAACUCAUACUCAGGCCUGGAAAUAAAGGUUUUAGAUGUACCCGACAAAAUGUCAGACACUAAUGAAAGAUCACCUGACAUUUUAAACUGGUAAAUCAUUUUAUAAAAAUAGUUGUUUACAUGGUAAUCUGUACUGGAGAAAAAUUUUAUAAAUGUGAUGUUUGUGAUAAAUCAUCUCAUCAAAAUCUGCAAUACAUAAAAACUUACACUUGUGAAAAACUUUAUUAAUGUGUUUUUUGGGGCUUGUGUUACAGAUUGAAUUAUAUAUCUAAAUAA